CUAAUCAGAAUGCAAACUCUAUUUAAAUUAUUUACUAAACCAAGAAUUCCUAUCAUUCGUUUGAGUGGUGUCAUUAAAUAGAUAUCUGCAGAUAAAAUAUAAGAUUAAUUGGAUAAAAUCACAUCUAAAAAUAUAUCUGCUUUAGCUGUUUUGAUAAACUCUCCAGGAGGUUUACCUGUCUAAAGUGAUAUUAUUUGUCAAAAAUUAAAUUUAUUCAAAUAAAAGCAUAAGAUACCUCUAUAUACAUUUGCUGAAGAUGUAGCUGCAUCAGGAGGCUAUUUUGUGCUUUGCAUAGGAGAUAAAGUUUUUGCUGAUUAAAGUUCAUUAAUUGGUAGUAUUGGUGUGAUUAGUUAAUGGCAUGGAAUUAAAAAAGCUUUACAAAAUUUAGGAAUCGAAGCAAAAUUUUUAGCUUCCAAUGAUUAUCUCCAUGAAGUUGUCAAUAGUGCAUUUUCUGAUUUUAAUUAAGAAGGUGCUUCUUAAUGGAUAGAUAAGUUGGAAUACACUCAUUAAAUGUUUAUUGAUCAUGUUACAUCUUAUAGAAAAAAUAUUGUUGAUUAAAAUGUAUUUAAAGCUGAGGUUUAUAAUGGAGAAUAAGCAAAAUAAUUAGGAUUGAUAGAUGAUUUUGGAAAUUUUGAAGAAAUAUUAAAUAAAUUGCAUCCAGGGUGUAAAUUUGAUUAUGUCAAUUUUCCAAAUAGAAUGGAAGAACUUAAAUAAUUUUAUAAUGCUUGA